CUCUAGUUUCCCGACGCCUGAGGAGCAGUUAAGUUACCACCACUGCAACACUUCCAUCUCUUGAGCAGCAGUUUGAAGUUAAAAUGCACUUGCCUGUCCUCAGAGGAGCUUCUCAUCUUAUGUCGCCAUCGCUACUCUGCCGCCGAUAACGGCAGAGUUAUUGUGUUGUUGUUGCCGCUGCUGCUGCUUUGCCCUUGGAUUAACUUUACGACGAGGAAGGAGUCUGGCAGGCAGCCGCAUUGGACUCAAGGAUGGAGACGUUAUUUUACCUGCUCGCCCGCCUGGCCCGGCUGUCAUGGGGUCUCGGAUACGCGGAGCCUGCCGUCCUUAGUGGCCAGAGGGCCGCGAGCAGACACAGGAACUGGUGUGCUUAUGUGGUGACCCGGACUGUUAGCUGUGUGAUGGAGGAUGGCGUGGAGACAUAUAUCAAACCAGACUACCAGCGCUGUACCUGGGGCCAGUGUCCUCGAGUGGCGUACCGGACAUACAGAAGGCCGAGGUACAAGGUGGCUUACAAGAUGGUGACAGAAAUGGAGUGGAAAUGUUGCCAUGGAUACUCAGGAGAGGACUGUAACGAUGGUCCGGCCAACGCAGGGCGACCCAGUGUCACACAGACAGGCUUCACGCAAGGUGGCCAACAGGGUGGAAAUGGUGACAGUGAAAAGGUUAGACAGCUGGAGGAAACAAUCAACGGCCUUACCAAAGACUUCCACAACAUACAGACCUCCAUUCAUGAUCUAAACCAAAAGUUUUCAGUAUUAAACGGAGCUAUCGUGCCAGCUGAUUCUGCCCAGCCACACAUGAAGCAAACAAUCACCGACAUCCACACCAAGCUGGACCAUUUGUAUAAUAGGACGCAGGUCCAUGAUCAGACCCUGCUCAACAUUAACAACCACUUAGAGAACGGAGGGGGAAAUGACCUGGAUGGAGCCGCUAUAGGAGGCCACCGGGGGAACCAGCUGAGCACACUCAAGGAACAAAUACUGACAGACCUCGAGAGAAGGGUGACUCUAUCCUGCUCUGCCUGCCAGGCUGGUGUGGAGGACUUGAGGCGGCAGCAGGAGGAGGACAGAGAAAAAGUGAGAGCCCUAGAGAAGCUGAUCAGCUCCAUGGACCAACGUUUUAGGCAGAGCCUGCAAAUCAUUCGUAGUGAGACCGACCAGUCCCGGUCCUGCUGCAACAAAGUCACUGAGCUGGAGAAGAGACUGUCAGACCUGGACAUGCAAGUCACCUCCACUGCCAGCAAGUGCGACACCAUUAAAGGGCGACUGGAUAAGGAACUGAUUGGAAGCGGGGGAGGAAAGGGAAGGGUGACAGAGGACAGGAUGAAUGGCAAACUGAGAGAGUUAGAGAAGAGAGUGAACAACACAGUGAGAAAAACAGAACAAAGGUGUAUUAACACUGGCAACAAUCUGAAGGACAGUGUUCAAAGAGAUGUGACACAGCUACGAAACAUGGUACUCAGUCAGCUGGAUGAUCAUAGCUUCAAAAUCGGAAAGCUAGAGCUUGAUGUAGCUGUUCUUGGAGACACUGUUACUGACCACAGUCGACGUUUAGGCCAGCUAGAGAAUGUCACAACCUUCAUGGACAGACGUUUAACAAUGACUACAAAAAUAUGUAAUGACACUUGUGGGCUCAACGGUAAAGACCCCAAGACUGAAGACACUGUAAAAACUUUAGAAUGGAGGGUUGUGGCCAACCAAGGGGAAAUCCAGAAAUUUAACACGAGAUUAAACGAUUUGUCUGUGUCAGGUGACUCACUGGCUGACAGAAUAAUUAACUUAACAGAUGAUGUCAAGAAAAUAAUUGCUAUUACAGGCAAGGAUGGUGAGAACUUCAACCGUAUAGUCACAGAAGUUGAAACACUGAGCCAAGACUGGGAAGACUGUUCUAUUUGCAGCAACGUGGAGGAAGACUUACGUUUGCUGGCGAACUCCACCACAACGGGCCUCAACAAGUGUCAGACCGAGCUGAAUGAUGUGCGCAGAAAGGUGGACUCAGGAGAAACAGUGUGCUCUCAGGUGUGCUCAAACCUUCAAGAAGAGGUGGGGCGUCUCAGAGAGGAAGUGGAGAAGAGCAGCAAACAGUGUAAAAUCAACAUCGAUGAUGUGAGGAAUCGCUUAGACGGUCACACUGACCACAAUGGAAGAUUAGGAGGAGAUCUGAAGUCCAUCAAGGGUGAACUAUCUAGGGUCAUGGUCGCAUUCCGCUCCAUUAAUGAUACUCUGAAGGGCAUGGAUACGACCAUUCAGACACAUGGGUAUGCACUAGAUGAUCUGACUGACACGAAGGACAAGAUUCAUUCUGAGGUGGACGAUUUGAAGAAUGAUCUGGCUGAACAUGUCGAUGAUUCAAGCAGUCGAUUUGGCAGCCUUGGCAAAGACAUUGAAUUGAUCAGGAGUAACUAUGUGAUGGAAGUCGGGGAGUGUCGGCGAGCAAGCGAUGGCCUUGAACAACGUUUUUCCAAAUUAGAGGGACUGUGUGGGCGCUUUGACUCAUUUUCAGACAGUUUGCAGAGGAUAAAGGAGGGUCUGAAUCAACACGUGUCUGCUCUGUGGAGCCAUGUCAAUGGACUCAAUGGAACUGUCAUGUCACAAGGGCAUCAUAUCGAUGACAUCCAGAAUGUCCAGCUGGAGAAAGUCCAUUCUAAAAUACACAGGCUGAACUCAUCUCUGCUGGACUUGACUGAGGAGUUCCAUGAUUUCAUCAGACAGGAUUUCAUGGGUCCACCUGGUCUACCAGGCCCCAAAGGAGAGCGAGGGCAGCCUGGACCUCAGGGAGCUGUGGGACCCCAAGGAAAGAUGGGGCCUCAGGGUGAACAGGGCAAAGAAGGACCAGCAGGACCACCAGGCCUCAGAGGUGAACAAGGUCUUGCAGGAUCCGACGCUCAUGUGCCGCGACUUUCGUUUUCCGCAGCCCUCACUCGGCCAAUGAGGGGCGUAGGAACCAUUGCAUUCAACGAAGUAUUUGUCAAUGAAAAUGGUGUCUAUAAUCCCCGAACAGGUUAUUUCACCGCUCCAGUGAGAGGGAGGUACUUUUUCAGUGGAAUCCUGACCGGCCAUAAGAACUUGAAGAUCGAGGCGGUGCUGUCCAAAUCCAACACAGGUGUAGCUCGGGUUGACUCAGCAGGAUAUCAACCAGAAGGCCUGGAAAAGCCGAUGGCAGAAGCAAAGCACAUCCCUGGAGCUCUGGCGGUCUUCAACAUCAUCCUGCCCAUGGAGGCAGGGGAUACAGUCUGUGUCGACCUGGUCACCGGCAAGCUGGCCUAUUCGUCUGAACCCUUGACCAUGUUUAGUGGGAUGUUGCUGUAUGAGACCAUCUGAUCGGAUGAACAUUGGUGCCAUUUUGCAGAACUUUUAUUCCUGUUCUUUGUUCAAAGACAAGCAAUCAGGCAGUCAUGGAGGCUAAAAUAAUCCAAGGUCUCUCGAAAGGAUACAAUGGUUCUUUCAGGGAAUUGCAUAUUUUGAACUUUAGUCAUCAUGACUUACAUAAAUAAAAAUGCCGCUUUUAAACAAUUCAUUUGUGCCUUACAGUUUUAAACAGUUUUUCAAAAAGACAUUGUUUUAUUGAUAUCAAUUACACUUCUUGGAUAUCUAACAAAUCCAUAUGUCUUCCCAAAAACUUGAAUAUCAGUUUGAUAUCAUUAUCCUUCAGGUGGAUUUUAAAUGAAAAGAAAGAAAUAGGGUUAAAAUCUUAUGCAGGUGGCAGUGUUCUUUGCGUUUCUGUGCGUGAUAGCAUAUCAUUGUUCAGGUUUUUGCCAUGUUCACAGACAUUUUUCUAACGACUGCUAUUCGUUCAGUGCUGACAUUUUUGGUUUCACCACAAGCAGAUUCCAAGAAAUGUGAUGCAAGGACGCCAACUGUCCAAAAAAAAAAUGCAGAGAGAAAUAAGUGGGAGGGUGACAGUUUAAACCACGAUUCUUUUGUGAGAACAGCAAAAGUAAAGUUGCCCACAGUUCAUGAUGUGGAGACCACAGGAUGAGACAUGAAGGAAAGAGCAGGAUGGGAAGUUUCCGUGUUCCAGUGAGGACCAUGUGAUGUUGCUGCAUCUUCUGGUCAUUAAAACAAUGUAAUUAAAUUACCCAAAAAAUACAUUUAAGAACUUAUAAAAAAUGCUUUUAUAAUUUUUUUUGCAUAAAUAAUUAUGGGGAAGCUACAGUAAGAGGAUUAAAAGUAUUCAUCCCAAUUUAUCCAUUUUUGUGUUCUCAAUUAAUAUUUUCCUUUGAUACAAACAACCUCUUAUUAUUCGUUGUUGACAAUGGGAUUUUGUUUUAGAAUUGUACACUAGAAGGAAUGUAAAUAUAUUUGAUCAUGUAAUAUUUGUACUUGCGCCCACUUCACCUUUUAAGGUACUGUAUGUUUUUGUAUGUUUUGUAAUGUUUGCCAAAUAUAAGAUAAACACUUUACACAGGGGGGACUCUGGUAUAAUGAGUUUAUUUGGAUGUUGUUAACAGGACAAGCCGAAAGGAAAAGAGGAAGAAGUACAGUUAUAAUUUUGGACUUGUUGGGUGGCAAAAAUUGUGAUUGUUGGUGGAAGGUGAGGGUGGUCACCAUUACGAAGGUUACAAAUGACUCACAAUGAAUCAACUCCAUAAUAUACUGCUGUUAUAGUGUUAAUUCAACUACCGCUGUACUUCCUCCUUUUGUUGUCUUUCAUACUGGUGACCUGAAAGGGUUUAUCUUAAACUGAG